CAGUUAUGAAUUUUUGUUGCAGAGCUCAAAACUCAAAACUCAAAACUCAACACUCAACACUCAACACUCUACAGUUAUGAAUUUUUGUUGCAGAGCUGCUUCUUCCUUUGCAAUCUUUCAUGGCGGAAAAGGUACUUUCUUUUCCCCUUUUCAAUUUCCUUUUCGAAAUUACUCUCAUUUCUCCAAUGCACGAGAUGCUGUUAUUGAAGAUCGUCAGUUGUUUCUCAAAUCAGUUAGAGAGCAUUGUAAAUUAGGGUUUUCAAAUCUCAAUUAUCCUCUUUCUCUCUUCCAUCAAUUGAUCUCUUUGCGUCCCCUUCCUUCUAUCAUUGUUUUCACUCAACUGUUUACUGCUAUGUCUAAAUUGAAACGCCUUCAACCUCACUCCAUCCUCAUCUCUCUUCUCAGAGAGCUAGAUUUAUCUGGUAUUCGACCCGAUAUGCAUACAUUGGGUAUUCUCACCAAUUGUUACUGCCAUUUGGGCCGCUUUGAUUUCGCCUUCUCUCUUCUCGCCAAAAGCCUUAAGCUUGGUUACCCCUUUGAGGGUGAUUGUGUUAUCUUUACUACCUUAAUUAAUGGCUAUAUCCACUGUGAUAAGCUUCCUCAAGCUCUUCAAUUGCUCGAUCAAAUUGUUAAGCUAGGUUUCCAACCCGACAUUGUUACCUAUGGUGCUAUCUUCAAAGGCCUUUGUCGGAUUGGUGACAAUGCUGCUGCCCUCCACUUGCUCAGGAAGAUGCAAUCUAGUCGUCGUCAGCCUGACCUUGUCAUAUAUAGCACCAUCAUUGAUAGUCUUUGUAAGGAUAGGCUGUUAAAAGAGGCCCUCGACCUGUUCACCGCCAUGAAAAGUGAGGGCAUUGUACCUGACGUUAUCACUUAUAGCUCCUUAAUUAGAGGUCUCUACAACUCUGGCUCCAAAGUCGAGGCUAAAGAUGUUUUAGCGGAGAUGUUGGAGUGUAACAUAACACCAGAUGUUACCACCUUCAACAUACUUGUUGACAUGUUUUGCAAAGACGGGAAUGUUGAUGAAGCACAAGCUAUUCUAGACUACAUGAUUGAGAGAGGUGAGAUUCCAAAUGUCAUAACUUACAGUGCUUUACUUGAUGGUUAUUGUUUGCGUGGUCAGAUGGAGGAUGCAGAAAAACUACUUGAUUUGAUGGCCAAGAAUGGUUGUGAGCCUGAUAUUGUAAGUUUUAGCACUAUCAUUAAUGGAUAUUGCAAGGCUAGAAACAUUGACAAAGCACUCUACUUAUUCCAAGAAAUACUUCAAAAAGGAAUGACACCUGAUGUUGUUACCUAUACCACUCUCAUCGAUGGACUAUGCAAAGUUAAUAGACUCCCACUUGCCCGUAAAUUGUUCAAGGAUAUGCAAGGUCAUGGAGUUACUCCUGAUAUUGUUACAUAUGCUUCAUUGCUUGACAACUUAUGCAAAAAUGCGCUACUUGAUGAGGCAAUAGCAUUACUUGAAGAUAUGGAAUAUAAUGGUGUUAAGCCUGAUAUUGUCAUCUACAGUAUCCUAAUGGAUAGUUUGUGUGAGGCUGGGAAAAUUGAAGAUGCAGCCAAUUUCUUCUCCGAUCUUGUAUUGAAGGGUCUACAGCCUAAUGUUAAAACGUACAACAUAUUGAUCAAAGGUUUUUGCAAGAAAAGGCUCAUGAAUGAAGCUGUUGAAUUGUUGACAAUAAUGGAGGAAAUGGGUUGUUAUCCUAAUGAUCGUACCUAUAAUACAAUUAUCAGAGGAUAUAUUGUCAACAAUGACUUAUCAAAUGCAUUCUACUACUCUGACCUUAUGGUUAGCAAGGGAUAUGAAGCUGAAGCUGAUACUUUCUCGUUGUUUAUUGGCCUCUUGUCUUCUGAUAAUUUAAGUGACUCGGCCAAGGACCAGAUAAGGAAAUUCAUCAGAAUGACGGAAGUGAGUGAAAAGACCAACAGUAGAGUUGCUCAGUUAAGUAUUAUGUCCCUUGGCGUGGAAUCAUGGACUGCCGAGAAGUUGACAACCAGAAGUGCAAAAGUUUUGUUGUCUGAAAAGGAGGACAAGUGCCUGCCGGCUCUGAAGCCUGUUCUGACAGGAAUUACAUUUAGUUGUUUUACUGUGCCAUUAUUCGUGGAUAUAUCAGAAAUAGUGAAGCUGCAUGAAGUAUGGUCGAUCCUUGCUAAAAGAAAAAGCAUCACGCUUUUUCACAGUGAAGAAGAAGACUCAAAACUCAACUCAACACUCAACAGUUAUGAAUUUCUGUUGCAGAGCUGCUUCUUCCUUUGCAAUCUUUCAUGGCGGAAAAGAGGUCUCUACAACUCUGGCUCCAAGGUCGAGGCUAAAUAUAUGCUGGCGGAGAUGUUGGAGUGUAAUGUAGCACCAGAUGUUCCCACCUUCAGCAUGCUGGUUGACAUGUUAUGCAAAGAUGGGAAUGUUGAUGAAGCACAAGCUAUUCUAGACUAUAUGAUUGAGAGAGGUGAGGUGCCAGAUGUCAUUACUUACAAUGCUUUACUCGAUGGUUAUUGUUUGCGUGGUCAGAUGGAGGAUGCGGAAAAACUACUUGAUUUGAUGGCCAAGAAUGGUUGUGAGCCUGAUAUUGUAAGUUUCAACACUAUGAUUAAUGGAUACUGCAAGGCUAGAACCAUUGACAAAGCACUCAAUUUAUUCCAAGAAAUACUUGAGAAACGAAUAAUGACACCUGAUGUUGUUACCUAUAAUACUCUCAUUGAUGGACUAUGCAAAGUUAAUAGACUCCCACUUGCGCGUAAAUUGUUCAAGGAUAUGCAAAGUCAUGGAAUUAUUCUUGACAUUUUUACAUAUGCUUCAUUGCUUGACAGCUUAUGCAAAAAAGCGCUACUUGAUGAGGCAAUAGCAUUACUUGAAGAUAUGGAAUAUAAUGGUGUUAAGCCUCAUAUUGUCAUCUACAAUAUCCUAAUGGACAGUUUGUGUGAGGCUGGGCAACUUGAAGAUGCAGCCAAUUUCUUCUCCGAUCUUGUAUUGAAGGGUCUACAGCCUAAUGUUAAAACGUACAACAUAUUGAUCAAAGGUUUUUGCAAGAAAAGGCUCAUGAAUGAAGCUAUUGAAUUGUUGACAAUAAUGGAGGAAAAUGGUUGUUAUCCUAAUGAUCGUACCUAUAAUACAAUUAUCAGAGGAUAUGUUGUCAACAAUGACUUAUCAAAUGCAAUGUACUAUUGUGACCUUAUGGUUAGCAAGGGAUAUGAAGUUGAAGCUGAUACUUUCUCGUUAUUUAUUGGCCUCUUGUCUUCUGAUAACUUAAGUGACUUGGCGAAGGACUGGCUAAGGAAGUUCACCAAAUGAGUUGAAUAAAAACAAUAGAGGGUAAUUAUGACUAAAUUUUGGAGAUAUGCGAGAUCUUAGUAUAGUUGAGACGUACCUCCUUGUUGUUUGUAAUGUUUAAAAUGAUACGAGUCAUGCGUUAGAUUACUUGUGCUUUGGCUUGAGAUUAAGCUUUUAGUUUCUUUGUCUACUUCAUCUCAUGUCCCUGAUGACCAUCUUAUUUCAUGACCUAUAUUUCUGGUCCUUGUGCUGUUUGUUUCUUCAGUGUAUUAAGUUGGAUGUCUGCUGAUAAUAUAUUGUGUUAUGUUUCUAUCAUGGAAGAAGCUGAUGAAGUGUCCUUUCACCGUGUUAUUGUCGAUUACAGUUUCUGUCUUCUUGACAUAUCCAAGUUGGCUAUUUCCCUCAUUAUCAUGUUUACAACCUUAAUCAAUCGCUCUAUCCACGGUAAUGUCCUAUCUCCUAACUGAGAAGACUCCCAUAUUAUAUUGAAUUUCGGAUUGAUCACCUCUUUUUAACUCAUGACUUUGCAGUGCCCUGGUUCGAAGUAACUAAUCUUUGGUCUGUCGCUUCCUGGUGUAGCUAUUAAUUUAUAUCGUUGCUGUUAACUUUUUGUUUGAAAGAAGCUGAUCAUUUUGUUGACAACCGGUCAGUUACUGUUUGAUCUGGUGAUCGGAAAAAUUACGAAAAGCAUGUGACUCUUCCAAGUUCCAACCUGUGAUAAUCAUCAGAAAAGCGGAGUCAUGGUUAAUGGUACACGCCUUAUGUGUAACAAAGAAGUAGAAUCAUUUGAACAGAUCAUUGACGAGAACAGGUGACGGGGAAGAUGAUGUGGUAACUUUUGACCAAACAAUGUGUUAUUGUUUUAGCACAGCAACCCGGAACAACAGCUCUGCAAUUUACCUCGUUUGUCAUUUGAUUGUUUUAGCCUGCCGCUCUGAAGCCUGUUUUGACAGGAAUUACAUUUAGUUGUUUUACUGUGCCAUUAUUCGUGAAUAUAUCAGAAAUAGUGAAGUUCCUAAAAACUGUUAUUAUGAUAAUGUGCCUUUGUUUGGUUGUCAACUAUUAUGAAUUAUUUCGGUCGAAGUAUUGUGUGUAUUUGUCUUUAAUGUUCUUUACUGGAAAGAUAAUUUUGGGCAUCAUAUUUUGCUCUAGCAUUUUUAUACCAGUUGGAUUUGGGGCUAAAUUACUGGCUUUGUUUAGUAGUAUUAUGUAUUUUCUUCUCUGUCCAUUUCUAAAGAACAAUUCUUUUCUUUAAAAAAUUAUAGACUUGUUUUGUUGCCCUCAAA